CGAUGUGCAAGCUCUUGGAUUGAUUUACAUCGCGCUUAUGAGCAUGGGCUUUGCCCGAUCAGCAGGUGAUUGCAGCGUGCGCUGGAUGCGAGCCGUGCGCGGCGUCGCGCUGGCCGCGGCGUGCUGCCGGGCGUUCGUGCUUCCGACGAAGCCACGACAUCCCUCCCUGUCGCGCGCCGCGGCGCGCGACGCGCCGGAAAACGACGUCUACGACGUCGUCAUCUGCGGCGCCGGCCCGUCCGGCCUGUCGCUCGCGUCGGCCUGCGCGCGGCGCGACCUCAGCGUCUGCGUGGUCGACCCGGCGCUGGACAAGCCCUGGCCGAACAACUACGGCGUCUGGAUCGACGAGGUCGAGCCGCUGGGCUACGGCGACUGCUGCGACGCCGUCUGGCGCGAGAGCAGCGUCGUCUUCGAGGACGCCGGCGCGGGCGACCUCGCGAACGUGACGCUGCGGCGGCCCUACGGCCGCGUGGACCGGAUCGCGCUGAAGCGGCGCCUCGUGGACGAGUGCGGGCCAUCGACGGUUUUCGUGAGCGAGGGCGCGCGCCGCGUCGACCACCGCGACGACGCGCCGAGCGAGGUCUCGCUGGACGGCGGGUCGUCCGUCCGGGGCCUCGCCGUCGUCGACGCCACGGGCUUCAAGCGCAAGUUCGUCGAGCACGCCGCGGCCUUCGACCCGGGCCUCCAGGUCACCUACGGCGCGCUGCUCGACGUGCCCGGCGGCCACCCGUUCCCGCUCGACAAGCUCGUCCUCAUGGACUACCGCGACGGCUACCUCGGCGACGACGCGGCCGCGGUGAAGCGCAACGAGCGCUUCCCGUCCUUCAUGUACGUCAUGCCCCUGUCGGAGCGCAAAAUCUUCUUCGAGGAGACGAUCCUCGCGAGCCGCGGGGCGGGGAAAGACAGGGACCUCGAGGCGCGGCUGAGGAAGCGCCUCGCGGCGUCCUACGGCAUCGGCGAGUUCACGGUGUUAGAGUCGGAGCGGGCGGCCAUCCCCAUGGGGGGCGCGGACCCCGUCGUGCCCCAGCGGACGGUAGGCUGCGGGUCCACGGCGUCGUGCAUCCACCCCGCGUCCGGCUACAUGGUCGCGCGCGCCCUGGAGGUCGCGCCGCGCGUCGCCGACGCGCUCGCGAGCCACCCGCGCCUGUCGGCCGCCGGCCGCGCGGCCGCGCGGGACCGCGGCCGCGAGGCGCCGGGCGAGCUCGCGUCGCUGUCGGCGGCCGCGUGGGACGCGACGUGGCCGAGGGACGACCGGAAGCAGCGCGACUUCAUGCACUUCGGCUUCGAGCUGCUGUGCGACCUGAGCCCGGGCGAGCUGCGCGACUUCUUCGCGGGCUUCUUCCGGCUGCCGGACGCGCUCUGGGAGCACUUCCUCAGCUGGCGGCUCUCGGGCGCGGGGCACGUCUACAUGGGCGCGCUCGUCUGGUGGGCCUGCAUCCCGAAGCGCUUCAUGCUGCCCAUGCUCGUCAAGUCGCUGCCCUACCUCGUCGACAAGCUCGUGCUGCCCUUCGCGUCGCGCGGCGGCCCGCCGCUCGCGGAGCACACGCCCUACUCCGAGGCGAAGUGGCGGCCCGACCGCUACUACGCCUACCUCGACGACCUGCGCGCGGACCUCGAGGAGCACCACCAUCGUCGGAGUUAACUGCUACGAGGCU